AAAUGUGUCCGUUUUUCAUCUAACCUCCCCUUUUGCCUUUCUGCAUUUAAGUUAAUAACACAGCUGCAACUAGACGCAGAGGCAACAAUACCGAAUAUUUUUGAUAGAUUUAUGCUGACAUAUAUCCAUUAACUGUCACAAUGGAGGACAAAAAAGAAGCGUUUGUUUCGAAAGGUGUGACGGAGUGGCUAACCCUGGGAAUUAUUAAAAUACUCGAGAAAAUGCCAUGGGUGAUGGAUGUACGUUUCGCAGAGAGGGACCCUGCAGAAAAAGAGACCCUCCUGUCCUGGGAGCAGACAAACUCAUGCAUUUUACCAGAGGAUUUGCGAAACUUCUAUCUGACCAUUGAUGGCUUCACAUUAACCUGGAGUGUUAAAAUGGAUGAUAAGUGUGUCCCUCUAGGUUGCAUGUUGAUCAACAGCGUGAACGGGCUGUGCCCGCUCACACUUCAGACCACGCCCGUUUCCUCCCUGGACCCUGAUGCCCCCUCUCUGGCUGACCUGGACUGGGAGGAGGACAGCUCAGAAAAUGGAUUGGAGCCUAAGCUGUCCAUGCCUCAUUUUGAUGCCCGGAGCCGAAUUUAUGAGCUGGAUUCCUGCAGUGGGAAUGGAAGAGUGUGUCUGGUUUACAAAAACUGCACUCCAGGGGUGGUCGCACAGCAGAGUGAAAUCUGGUUCCUGGAUCGCUCGCUGUACUGGCAUUUUUUAACAGAAAAAUUUACCGCCUACUACAGAAUGAUGAUAACAAACCUGGGUCUACCUGAGUGGCAGUAUAACUACACGCCAUAUGGCCCAAGCCCCCAAACUAAGCAGUGGGCCGCCCUCUACAAGCCCCUGAUUUUCAGCGAGAAGGAUUCUGCUGGGGACGUUUUCCUGAACACGUUUGAUCCCACAAAAGUCUUCAAAUGUAAAACCAAGGUAUCACCCACCAAGAAGAAGCAGGCGACCCCGUGCAGCUCAGGAGCCCCUGCUAAAGGACAAAGCAACACAGGAAGACCAAGUGGAGCAAAACGCUGAAAUCCAAUCUAAGACAUUUUCUGCCAGGCUGUUUUGUUUUCGUCUACCUUCCCAACGCAUCUUGAAGUAAUAAGCUGUCAUCAGCUGUUUGCUGCAUGUUUUGCAAUUUUGCAAAGCAUGCUAACAAGGAAUUGAACAGCAAGACUAAAAGCUAGUAUUCAAUGUUGUAUUUAAAAGAUAUAGGGGAUUUUGAAAUAUUUAAAACUUUGCCAGGAAAUAUAUCAAUCUAUACUAUACUCACUUGUUUCAAUACAGACUUUCUCCAAAAAAUUGCCUUAUUUCUUUUUUUUUUCUUUAUUACAAAUGCAAAACUAAAUAAAUGCUGUAAAAUUUAUAUAUUUAUAUUUCAUAAUUUAAAAUAAUAGUUGCUUUUAUGUUUGGAAUAAA